CCAUCCCCGAGUCUACUCCUGUACGCACACACUGCCACAGUCAUCAUGUCUGCUGGAGGAGAGAAAUCUAAGGCUGCGUCCCAGACUGACGGGAAGGCUGCUCAGAGCAAGAGGUCUGAGAUGGGCAUGAUGUCCUACAAGAUGUGUGUGUUCGACCAGGAGAACUUCCAGGGCCGCUGUAUCGAGAUCAACGCCGAGUGUAUGAACGUGUGUGACAUGGGCAUGGACAGGGUGCGCUCCCUGCGUGUCGACUGCGGACCCUUCGUGGGCUUUGAGCAGAUGAACUUCUGUGGUGAGAUGUUCAUCCUGGAGAAGGGCGAGUACCCCCGCUGGGACUCCUGGAGCAACUGCCAGAAGAACGACUACCUGCUGUCCUUCAGGCCCGUCCGCAUGGAUCCCGAGAAGCACAAGAUCUGCCUGUACGAGGUCGGAGAGUUCAAGGGCCGCAAGAUGGAGAUCAUGGACGACGACGUGCCCAGCCUGUUCUCCUACGGCUUCACCGACAGAGUGGGCAGCAUCAUCGUCAGCUGCGGAACCUGGGUGGGCUACCAGUUCCCCGGCUACCGUGGCAGCCAGUACCUGCUGGAGAAGGGCGAGUACAGGCACUUCAACGAGUAUGGCGCCCGUUGCCCCCAGAUGCAGUCCAUGAGGCGCAUCCGUGACAUGCAGUGGCACCCACACGGCUGCUACACCAUGUCCGCCAAGUGAAAUCCAGUGAGGGCGAG